AUGUCGUCUUAUACCUGGCUCUGCUUCCACUGCGCAUUCAUCUACUUCAUGACCGGGGCGGUGCUUGUCGGAGCCACUAUAGGCAUGGUCCUACAUUUCACCGGCAGUACCAUAUCACAAGUCCUGCAAAUUGAAGAGUCGGAUGAGCCACGGCGGCCUCGUGUAAAACAGGAGCUUCUAGAUUCUGAACCUCAGAAACCAUCCUUCGACUACCUAGAAGCGCAGACGGAGGAUCGCAAGUUCCUACCCUACUCGACGAUCUUGGAGGAGGAAGAGAACAGCCACGAGUCAGGUUGA